UGGCGUUCUGCUUUCCAGCAAUGUCUGCUUUCCGGCAGUAGCCUGGAACCUAACCUGCCAUAUAAGUGGGGCCCUACUGUAGACCAAAAUCAAUUCAAACUUUUCUCUAAGUAAGACUGGCCAGUUUUUAAGAAAGAAGAUGGCUUUAUCUCACCCACAUCGACCCUCUGCUCUCAAGCAGCAGAACAAGAAGCACCAGACUCUUGGACAUCGCAGUAAAGGGUCUGUUGCUAAAUCCAACAAAGGACGAAUCAGCGUUAAAACAUUAAGCAAGAAAGCUAAGAAGGAGCUCAGUCGUGAACAGAGGAAGCACAGAUCAAAGCAAAUUCGUGCAUUUAAAAAGGAGGCAGCUAUUCUACGUAAGCGUGGCUUGGGCACUGCUAACAACCCUCCCUUCCUUGCGACAGUUGUGCCCCUAUGCCCUAAUAUUAACCCCAGGAAGGUAUUAAAAACUCUAGCAGCAUGUGAUAAAGCUGCCACCAUCACCACCAGCUCUCAGGGCAUCAUGCAUAUAAGUUGCCCGCGCUUCAGACAAAGAUUCUCCUUUGUUGUACCACCAGUGAAUGAUCUGUAUGCAGUACUAGAUAGUGUAAAGGUGAGUGACACAUUGAUGUUACUCUGGCCUGCAGAGGAGUUAGGAGAAGCUGCAGACCUGCUACUAAGCUCUGUUUUGGCACAAGGCUUGCCAGCUCCUGUUCAUAUAGUAGCUGGUCUUGAGGAUAUGUCACAGAAGGCAGUUCUGGAAAGCGCUUUGGCCCAGGACCAAGAUAUGAUGGUUACAGAAGACCUGGAGCAAGAGCUGAGUACUCGGCUUGUUCUUGAGGAACCAUCUAUACAUAAGAAGCAUCAUAAAAAGCACCAGUCUCGACAGAACCUAAUCAAGGACAUAGAAUUACGCUUCCCAGGUCCAGCAAAAUUGUAUAGUCUUGAAAGAGACCAAGACGCCCUUAUGAUUUUGCGGCAAAUCGGAGCACAGAAACAAAGGCCCCUCUAUUUUAGGGACAGUCGUCCUCACAUUUUAGCAGAGAAUGUGGAAUUUAUUGAAGAGGGCUCAUCAGGAACACUAAAGAUCCAUGGCUAUAUCCGUGGUAAAAGCUUAUCUGUCAAUGGUCUAGUUCAUAUCCCAGGAUGGGGGGAAUAUCAGAUGAGUCGUAUUGACAGUUCACCUGACCCCCAUCCAUUACUACUUCAUAGUCGGGACAGUGAAGCCAAUGUAAUGGAUGGAGGGACUUUUAUGCUGGCAGAAUCUGAUCCUGCAUUGCAAGAAACACUUACUUCUACAAAUGAGGUUGACCCAAUGGAAGGAGAGCAGACCUGGCCAACUGAAGAAGAACUAGCAGAAGCUGAGCAGAGCAUCUCUUCAAAGCCACGCACAAAGCGGGUUCCUAAAGGAACUUCUGAUUAUCAGGCAGCAUGGAUUUUGGAGAGUGAAGAGGAAGAGGAGGAGGAUGAUGACGACGAAAGCAGAAGUAAUAUGGAUGAUGGCUUUGCCCCUGUGGAUAAUGUAUCACAGGAUGGAUACGAGUGCGAGGAUGACAAUGAGGAAGAAUAUGAAAUGACAGUCACAGAUGCAGAAGGUGUCAAUUAUGAUGAUAAAAUUGAUUAUGGUGCUGAGAUUGAUGCCCUUCAAAAAUUGAAGAAUGCUCGAGAAGAUGCAAUGUUUCCUGACGAGGUAGACACUCCUAUGGAUAUGCCAGCCAGUAUACGUUUUCAAAAAUUCCGUGGAUUACAGAGUUUUCGUACUUCUCCUUGGGACCCAAAUGAAAAUCUCCCAGUUGAUUACUCAAGAAUAUUCCAGUUCGAGAAUUUCCGGCAUACUAAAAAGAGAGUAAUGAAUGAAGAGAAGCAGGGUGCCCUACCUGGCUGGUAUGUGGUAGUACAUAUUGCUGACGUGCCUCGUCAUCUCUAUGACAACCAUGUUUCAAGUCACUCCCCACUUGCAGUGUUUGGGCUCCUUAUUCAUGAACAGAAAAUGUCUGUGAUUAACGUUGUCAUAAAGUCUCAUUCUUUGGGACACUUGCGGCCAAUUAAAUCCAAGGAACGCCUCAUAUUCCACAUAGGCUAUAGAAGAUUUGCUAAUGCACCCAUCUUCAGUGAGCAUUCCACAGGAAAUAAGCACAAGCUGUUCCGGUAUUUCCAGCCUGGGUCUACAGUUGUGGCAACAAUGUUUGCACCUAUCACCUUUCCCCCAGCCUCAGUCAUGGUGUUCAGAGAGAGACCAGAUGGUGCACAGGACUUGGUGGCAACUGGUUCCUUGUUAAGUGUUGACCCCAAGAGAAUUGUGACUAAGAGGGUAGUGCUUAGUGGUCACCCAUUCAAAAUAAAUCGUAAGACAGCUGUAGUACGUUAUAUGUUCUUUAACCGGGACGAUGUGUUGUGGUUUAAACCAGUGGAGCUAAGGACUAAGUGGGGCAGACGAGGCCAUAUUAAAGAACCACUAGGUAAGUAAUUGUUCUUGGCAUUU